AUGCCUUCCCAGAUUCUCCUGUUCUCCCAGCCGAGGAGUGGCUGUCAUCUUCUGGAACGAAUGGUCAUCUCCAAGCAGACCGGUGUACGGCAACUCAAUCAUCCAUUUUGGAAGGACAUGUUCCCACUGGUCGAGUAUCUGAGCCAAGCCACCGAGGAAUAUGACCAGAUCUCAGCUCGUGAGAAGUACAUCGAGGAAGCAGACCUUGCCAUCAAGACAUGGAAAGAAGCACUGUCAAAAGCCGAAAGCGACGGCGAGAUACUAUACAUGCACACACACUUAUUGAUGACAACUACUCCCGAGCGAGCACGCGAACAUGUCCAGUCGCAGCAGCCGGCCCAGGACAAUUUAAUGAAGAGCAAUUGUACCUUGAUUCCGAGCGAGCUACUCCUCCAUCCGGAAACGAUACCGGUCUUCACAAUCCGGGCCCCAAGAUCCACGGUGCCGUCGACCUAUCGCGCAAUGAGGCCUCAGCCGCAGUACGCUCCCGAGAUCGCAAAGCAGAGGGAGCUCUACAUGCAUGCUACUAACCUAGGCUGGAACCGAGAGUUAUACGACUGGUACACAGCCCAAGGCGUCGAACCCAUCAUCGUCGACGCAGACGACUACAUGACGAACACCGACUACGUCCUCUCACUAUGCCAAAAGCUAGGCCUGAAUCCAGACGAUGCACAACUGUCCUGGUCGAAACCCACUAAAGAGGAGGCGAACGCUUUCCAUCCGGCUUGGGCGGCUGUUCAGCGCACACUGAUCAAUUCGGCAGGCAUCCGUCCGGAGCGAGCAUCGAGUAAUGCUGAUUUGGACGCCGAGAUGGCAAAGUGGAAGGAUGAAUUUGGCGACGAAGUGACGGCGAUACUCGAGGAGUGUACGGCCGCUUCGAUGCCGCAUUAUGAGUAUUUGCGGGCACAAAAGUUUCGUGGCUAG